GAGAGUAAAGUGGCCCAGAUGCUGUCCAGUCCCUGUGAAGCUGCUGCGUUAGUUCUGCCGGGACAGCUGAGGGAGCGCGCUGAGGGCUGAAGUGAGGAUUAACUUACACCCGCCGGGACCGACUCGGAUGUGGCAGCGUGUGUGACGUGUGCGUGCGUGAGAGUGAGUGAGUGAGCGCAGUUGAAGGGGAAAAGGGCUGUGACUGCUUUACUCAGAAACCCCAACACGGCCACACAUCUGCCACAGCUGGGGAAUGAGUUCAUCCGCUGCGAGAGCAGAUUUGUGCUGAGGACGGUGAGAGAAGCGCGCAGGAAUGGCCACAAUUACGCACGGGCUCUUGGCUGAGUUCUGCCUCCAGUUUUGCCGUGUUUAAAAUCUGGGGACGCGCCAUUUGUGUUCUCUUUCCCCCCCGGGGUGUGUCCAGCAGUGGAGAACAGGUUGUGUGGAUGUACAGCAGCACCAUGCUCGCUCCCUCGCUUCUGUCCGGCGCGCAUUCAGCGCGCAGUGGAUUUACGGGGAAAACGGGGAUGCGUCGCGAUUUCUAAGAAAAGUUGCUUUCCUGCUGCGUUAAAGGGACCCUAACAAAGUCACGAUGCUCUUCUUAACUUUUUGGACCUUGUUUCCUCUUUUGGAUGUGCUGUCCAUCUCGGAGGCUGAGGAGUCUCGCGUGCUUCGUCUGGACUGUGUUAGGGCUCAUGAACAGUGUUUGGGCAAGUACGGCUGCAGCACCAAGUACCGCACCAUGAGGCAGUGCGUGGCCGGCAAGGCGAGCAACCUGAGCAUGCUGGCCGAGCCCGAGGCGCAGGACGAGUGCAGGAGCGCCAUCGAGGCUAUGAAGCAGAGCCCCCUGUACAACUGCAAGUGCAGGAGAGGCAUGAAGAAGGAGAAGAACUGCCUGCGCAUCUUCUGGAGCAUCUACCAGAGUCUUCAGGGCAAUGAUUUGCUGGAGGACUCUCCGUAUGAACCAGUGAACAGCCGUCUGUCUGACAUAUUCCGCCUGGCGCCCAUCAUAUCAGGUGAAGCGGCAUUUACCAAGGACAACAACUGCCUGAGCGCGGCCAAAGCCUGCAAUCUGAACGACACGUGUAAGAAAUACCGCUCUGCCUACAUCAGCCCCUGCACCAGCAGGGUCUCCACCACUGAGGUCUGCAACAAGCGCAAGUGCCACAAGGCCCUGCGGCAGUUCUUCGACAAGGUGCCGGCCAGGCACAGCUACGGCAUGCUCUUCUGCUCGUGUCCAUCCGGGGACCACUCGGCCUGCUCUGAGCGCAGGCGCCAGACCAUCGUUCCGGCCUGCUCUUAUGAGGACAAGGACAAACCCAACUGCCUGAACCUGCAAGCCUCCUGCAAGUCUAACUACAUCUGCAGAUCUCGCCUGGCCGACUUCUUCACCAACUGCCAGCCGGAGGCUCGUUCAGUAUCGGGCUGUCUGAAGGAGAGCUAUGCUGACUGCCUGCUGGCUUACUCUGGUCUCAUAGGUACAGUGAUGACCCCAAACUACCUUCGCUCCCCCAGCAUCAGCGUGUCUCCCUGGUGUGACUGUAGCAGCAGCGGCAACGGCAAGCCAGAGUGUGACAAGUUCUCCGAAUUCUUCACUAACAACCGCUGCCUCCGUAAUGCCAUCCAGGCGUUUGGUAAUGGUACAGAUGUUGGGGUGUGGCAACCCCAGCCUCCAAUCCCACCCACUGCCCCCCACCCCAACACCCCUCAGAGAGGACGGGACAGGAUGUCUAACGCGUUGGAUGACCAAACACUCUCCAAUGACCUGGACCCCAGCAAUGACCACCUCUACAGCUUCUGUGGAAGCCUGCAGGCUCAGAAACUAAAGGCCAAUGUCACAAUAGAUGUUCUGUGCAUGGACCCUCCUCUGGCUGACCCCAGCAGCUUUAACGCUAUAGCAGGGAGCUCAGCCAGCCUUGUCCACUCUGCGGCCGUCCACGUGUUGCUGCUGGCUUCGCUCUCCGCUCUCCAGCUCCACAAGGCCCUGCUUUUGUAGCCCAUCCCCAAGUCGGACUGCUCUGUAUCAUAUUCACCACUCUGUCGUAUUUGAUCUUCUCCUGCAAGUGAUGCUGUACGAGGUGUGAUGUCUACUUGUGCUAAAGCUGCUUUUUCUUUCUGAAAAAUGGAUUUUUCUCCUUUCAAAUGGAGGACCAGUGCCGAUAGACAGAGACGGAGGUGGAGUUGUUGAUGUGCAAAUGAAGAGUCACUAAUCAACUUCUUUUGUGAAACUGGACUCCCAGUCUUCUAUACUGUGUUGGAAAUGAUAUGUUUUUCUUCAGCCAUCAGGACAAGAACUUUGUUGUCCAUAAGGGACGUUGAAAAAGAGUCACAAUGAAAAUUGGGGAUCACGAAAGACGACAAGAUGACCCUCCACUUUUUGGGCAACGGGAGCAGACUACAACAUGAACAGACAUUAAUUUCCUCUUUCCGUGAUAUUAGAGAAAAGUGUGUGAACGUUUGGGCUAAGCUGCACUCAAAGUCCCACAUCUCUCAGAAAAGUAUCUGCCAACUAAUCCUGUCCACUGCCUCUUUUAUGAUGAGUACUGUCUCUUCUAUCUGGCUCUAGUAUGACUGAUACAUACAGAGCCACAGGAUACAAGGUGUGGACACACAUUGCAAGACAGAAAGGCAGACGGACAGGCGAACGAAGUCUUUUGGAACCUUCAGAAUUGACCUAUUCAUGCUCACACAAAUAUGUUCUUUGGUAGCAACUGUUGCUGGCUUUAUAGACUGUUGGCAAAAGACCAAUUCAACUCAGUUACCUAAAUUUAAAGUGUUUUUAAUUUUGAAAUUUGUGGUUCCCUGGCCAGGCAAUCAGGGUUCUUUCUGUGUGGAAUUGGCAUGUUCUCCCUGUGUCUGUGUGGGUUUCCUCCAGGUGCUCUAGUUUCCUCCCAGAGUCCAAAGACACACAGUCCUGCCAACUGGAUAUGCUAAAUUGCCCCUGUGAUUGUGUGGGUGAAUGUAUAUGUCUGUAUGUCCAGGGUGUUUCCUGCCUUCCGCCCAAUGACCACCGGGAUAGGCUCCAGGACCCCCAGCAACCCAGAAGGAUAAGCGGCUUAGAAAAUGUGUGUGUGUGUGUGGGUAUCAGUCUACUUUUGACAAGCUACAACAACACAGUCUAGCUCAGUAGUAUAGCACUUAAAACUGGAAAUCAAAUUUUAUGUAAUGAAUCUAAACUCUGGCCCAAAUUCUUUAAGUUGAAUGGGUUUUUUGCCAACAUUCUGUAAAGAAUGUCCAACCUCGCAAUAGUAGCAAUGACAGAAUGCAUUAGAGGGCAGAGCAUAGAGAGAUCAAUUCUCUUAUCAUUAUGGACUUCUGAUUCAUUCACUGUCAUCUAAGGUACACUUUCUUUUAUGAGAAGAAUGUUUAUCAUGCAGUUUUUGAGAAGAAAAAAAUAUUAGUCUGAUCAUCCGCUUGUAUAAUACCGGCCUUUGUUUAUGAUGCCGCCUAAUUUCUGUUCUUACAAAUUUAGCACAUUUAUGCCAUUCUAUCAGAACUGCUGUGUACAAUAUCAUCUGAUGUGUUUUAACCGUGUACAUGAGUGUUGAGUCACAGAAAAGUGUACAAAGGUUGAUGAUUCAAUCUAGUGUACCCAUAUGUAAAACGUGCUGUACAGUAAGUGAACAUGGUUUCUCUCUCGCUCUCUUUUCAAUGAGGUGCCCUAAAAGCAUUUCAGCAUUGUUGUGGUACUGUUAACUGUAAGAGUAAACAAAUAAAUAAAUACACAUGUAUAACAGGGCUGUAAGAACUGAAAGGGGGCUGAAGAACACAUUAAAUAAGGCAGAGAAGUCCCUUUAA